AUGUCCAUCAUCUACUUGACGACCAUCAUGAUCCUUCAGCAUCACAUGAAAGGUCGACCUCCUUAUAACUUGAAAGUGGCCUUUACGAUUUGGAAUGGGCUUCUGGCAAUUUAUAGCAUCUGUAGCACUUUAAGAGGCAUUCCAGUUCUGUACGAAGCAUUUAAGCGAUUAACUUUUUAUGAUAUUGUAUGCGAUAUAAGUUUGACAGAAAAUACACCAGCGAUCUUAUUCUGGAUAACAACAUUUGUAUUUUCUAAAGUUUGGGAAUUAGGAGACACAAUUUUCAUAAUAUUAAAUAAACGAAAUUUGAUGUUUCUUCACUGCUAUCAUCACGUAAUGGCGAUUAUGUUAACAUGGUAUGCUUCAUUCGAAGAGUCUUGUUUUCUACUGACAUCUGUCUACAUCAACACUUUUGUGCAUUCGCUGAUGUACAGUUAUUUUACUUUAAAAUGCAUGAAAAUAAAAAUAUCUUCAAUAGUUGCUAUGUUGAUAACUGCUGUCCAAGUUAUUCAAAUGGUAUUUGCAAUUCUGCUAAUAUGUUGGAUUUAUUGGCUUCUUGCAAAUGGACAUACAUUGAAAGUUGCAAUCAUGGAGACGUAUGGUUUUAUUUUUACUUACGACGGCGAUAGAAAUUAUUCUGUUUUUCCUCGUCUGUACAAGUCUUUGGAUACAUGUAUUGUUGUGUUAACGAUGAAAUAUGGAAAGGAGAUGAGAAAAUAUGGUUUUAUAAUUGUCGACGAGGAUGGAAGAAUUAAUCAAGUUAGUAAUAAAUUAUAUUAUUCGUUCGAGGAAUGUUCAGAAGUUAUGAAUGAAGUUUAUACAGAAAAGAACUAA